UCGUCUUCGCCAGUCACGGCGCCGUCCAUUUUCGUCUCCGCACGCCUAAUCGCAGCACACUCCGCCUACGGCGCCUCGCCAUUACUCGCCACCCAAUCUUCACUCGAACCAUCUGACGACCCAGCCUGGGAACCCAGAGGGCAUGGCGGCGACCGACGACAACCAGGCCGUGGAUGCCUUCCUGGCGUCGUGCGCCGAGUCGGGCGACGCCGCGUACGGCGCGGCCAAGGCCGUUCUCGAGCGCCUCCAGGCCCCCGCCUCCCGCGCCGAGGCCCGGCGCCUCCUCGGUUCCGUCCGCCGCCGCUUCGCCGACCCCGCCGCCGGCCAGGACUGCUUCCGGACCUUCCACUUCCGCAUCCACGACGUCAUCCUCGACCCCCACCUCCAAGGAUCCCGGCAAACAAUGAAACUAACGAUGAUGGAGAUACCUAGCAUUUUCAGUCCUGAGGAUUGGUCCUUCACUUUCUAUGAGGGCCUCAGUCGGCAUCCAGAUUCCAUUUUCAGGGAUAAGACAGUAGCAGGGCUGGGAUGUGGGAAUGGUUGGAUAUCCAUUGCGCUUGCAGGAAAGUGGCUACCUUUGAAGGUCUACGGUCUGGAUAUAAAUCCAAGAUCUAUCAAGAUUGCAUGGAUAAACCUUUACUUGAAUGCGUUUGAUGACGAUGGUCACCCAAUCUAUGAUGGGGAGGGGAAAACGUUGCUUGAUAGAGUUGAGUUCUACGAAUCCGAUCUUCUGUCUUACUGUAGAGACAACAAGCUAGAACUAGAUCGAAUUAUUGGAUGCAUACCACAGAUUCUUAACCCCAAUCCAGAGGCAAUGUCAAGGAUUAUAACUGAAAAUUCAAGCGAGGAGUUCUUGUACUCUUUGAGCAACUACUGUGCUCUUCAGGGUUUUGUUGAGGACGAGUUUGGCCUUGGAUUGAUUGCUCGUGCAGUUGAAGAAGGGAUAGCUGUCAUAAAGCCUAUGGGUAUUAUGGUAUUCAACAUUGGUGGUCGACCAGGACAAGGUGUCUGUGAGCGCGUAUUUCUACGCCGUGGAUUUCACAUCAAGAAGCUCUGGCAAACAAAAAUUAUGCAGGCUGCUGACACUGAUAUUUCAGCUUUAGUUGAAAUUGAGGAGAAUAGCCCACAUCGAUUUGAGUUCUUCAUGGAUCUAGUUGGGGAUCAGCCUGUCUGUGCACGUACAGCCUGGGCAUACAUGAAAUCUGGUGGCCACAUUUCACAUUCUUUAUCUGUGUACAGCUGUCAACUUCGCAAUCCCAACCAGGUGAAGAAAAUAUUUGAGUUUCUUAAAGAUGGAUUUCAUGAAGUCAGCAGCUCCCUUGAUUUGUCCUUCGAUGACGAUUCUGUUGCUGAUGAAAAAAUUCCCUUCCUAGCAUACCUAGCUAGUUUUUUGAAAGAUAAUAAAACCAAUCCUUGUGAGCCUCCAGCUGGAUGUCUAAACUUCCGGAAUCUUGUUGCUGGAUUUAUGAAGUGCUACCACCACAUCUCACUGACAUCUGAUAAAAUGCUCUUCAAUUGUUCUCACCGGCCCUUGCAAUUGUUGAUGAACAUCUGACCAGACAUUUGCCGAAGCAGUGGUUAAUCAGCGGUUGAGGAAAGAGCAGACGGUAAAGACACUAUCGGUGUAAUUGAGGCACCACGCCAAUCAGAUUUGCUGAUCGAGUUGAUCAGGAAAUUGAAGCCUCAGGUUGUUGUUGCUGGCAUGGCUCAAUUUGAGGCUAUCACCAGUGCUGUUGUUGUGAAUUUACUAAGCGCAACGAAAGAUGUUGGUUCUCGGUUACUCCUAGAUAUAUCAGAGCUGUGAUCCUCCUGUAGGGGUUUGUUUUGGCUGUGCCCCCAGCUUUCUAGUACUAUGCUGCACUUUGAGUUCUUGUUGCCCUUGUGGUAACUUGUUUUCCUUCCUUUAUUUGGCUGAACCUUUAUGGUGCGGUAUGCGGUAAUUACCAGAUGAUGUUGUGAUGGUUGCUUUAUAAUCUAAAGCGGGGGAAACCCUUUUUAGUGUUA